UCUUCUUCUGCUUUCUCGACAAACUGCGACGUCACUUAAACAUUUUUACCGCUCUCGGGUUAUCUUUUUCAAAAUUCAAAAUUCUGAAAUUGUGUGGGGUUUUUUUGUCCUUGACCUCUAUACACCUAUUUAAGCAUGAACGCGUUUAUUGUUGGGAGCAGAAACAAAACACUAAACCUGUGGACUAACGGCAGGUUUGGGGCAGCAAAGAGAGCGGUGGCGGUAUUUCAGGUUCGGUGCGAAAGUAAGCUGGCAACUGAAGAGGACAUCAGCAAAAAGUCCAGCAACGAUGGAUCAGUAGCGUCAAUGAUACGUAUGCGCCAAACGGCGAGUAUGGAGGGCAGCACCAAUGUACAAACAGGGGUUUCUUCACCAGAGACCGCCAAAACCGCGAGUUCCAGCACCGCAUCCCUGCUCGACCCCAGAUCCGCGUUCUCUGGCACGACUCUGCGGGGCAUACCGCCGUUAAGCCCCGAGGAGGAGCUGAAGCUGGAGAACAUGCGCUCGGCGCAAGACGAGAUCAAGGGUGAAUUACAGAACGUGCUCAAGCAAUUUAACGCGCCCAUCCGCUAUGCCUUUGCCUACGGCAGCGGCGUGUACAAACAGUCGGGCUAUGGGAGUAGCAAGCCCAUGGUUGAUCUUAUUUUUGCAGUGUCUCAUCCGGACCACUGGCACGCGUUGAACUUGACGCAGAAUCGAUCGCAUUACUCGUUCAUGGGAAGCCUAGGAUCGCAUGCGGUCACCUUUGUGCAAGAGCGCAUUGGUGCCGGGGUCUACUACAACCCGUUUAUAGAGAUCAACGGGGUCAUGGUCAAGUACGGCGUUGUGUCGAUGGACACGCUGAGCAGCGAUUUGCUCAACUGGGACUCGUUGUAUUUGGCCGGCCGCAUGCACAAGCCCACACUGACCCUGCGUCGCGACCCCCUGAUGCGGAUCUCCAAGCAGGUCAAUCUGACCCACGCCGUCAGAGCAGCCCUGCUGAUGCUGCCCAAAAACUUUUCGUCUACGGACUUGUUCCAGACCAUCACUUCAUUGUCCUUCAGGGGUGAUUUCCGGAUGAGGGUCGGCGGGGAGAAUCCGCAAAAGGUGCGCAACAUCGUUGACGUGCAGAUGCCACUGUUCAAGUCGCGGUACAAGAGCAUUAUCGAGGGACUGCCCAACCUUGAGUACAUCGGCGAUGACGUUUUGCAGCAGGACAUGGGCCCUGUUGCACGGGCAGCAAUGUUGCGCAAGAUGCCUAAUAACUUUUACGACCAGCUUGUCAGGCUGGGUCGGAAGGCCGGCAAUAGGCUGCCCCCAGGACUGGGCGCAGAGGCGGCCAACUCGGAGAGGCUCGUGGGCAUGGAAGGUAUUCGAGAUAUUUCGGCGCAGGCUAUCGAGAGGAUCGUUGCUAGACCGGCCUUCACGCAGUCGGCCAAGGGCAUUCUGACAUCGGGCGUGAUGAAAUCAAUCUCCUACAUGCGGGCCAAGAACGAAAAGUACAAGCAAGCCAAGAACCAAAAAUAAAAUAAUGUAUUAGAAAAUAAAAAUAAUUUUUAUUAUU